CGCGUGUCCCCGCUCCCACGGCGGGCCGAGAGGCUGUCCCACCGCCCCAGGUUGAUGUCACCAUGCAGCACUAUGGAGUGAACGGCUACUCCCUGCACGCCAUGAACUCGCUGAGCGCCAUGUACAACCUCCACCAGCAGGCAGCUCAGCAGGCCCAGCACGCCCCCGACUACCGGCCCUCCGUGCACGCCCUCACCCUGGCAGAGAGACUGGCUGACAUCAUUUUGGAGGCACGUUAUGGAUCCCAGCACCGCAAACAAAGGCGAAGUCGCACGGCCUUCACCGCCCAGCAGCUGGAGGCCCUGGAGAAGACCUUCCAGAAGACUCACUACCCAGAUGUGGUGAUGAGAGAGCGCCUGGCCAUGUGCACAAACCUGCCUGAAGCCAGAGUCCAGGUCUGGUUCAAGAACCGGAGGGCCAAAUUCCGGAAGAAGCAGCGCAGCCUGCAGAAAGAGCAGCUGCAGAAGCAGAAGGACUGUGAGGGGAGCCACAGCGAGGGAAAGAUGGAGCCGCCUGUGCUGGAGACCCAGGCUCCCACCCCGGACACUGAGAAGGUCCAGAGCCUCCCCAGCGAGGUGGGCACAGACCUCAACCUGACCCUGUCGGAGCAGUCUGCCAGCGAGUCGGCACCUGAGGACCAGACCGACAGAGAGGAGGAGUUCAAGAGCACCUUGGAUGAGGCCAAAGCAGACAAGAGCCCUGGUGUGGACAGCAAGACUUUGAACUGCAAGAGAGCGAGCCCAAAAGCAGAGUCCCCUAUCAGCGCGACUGUGACGCCUUCGUCCAGCAGUGGCCUGGCUCAGACUCACUCCUACUCCUCCUCACCCCUGAGCCUCUUCCGCCUGCAGGAGCAGUUCCGCCAGCACAUGGCAGCCACCAACAACUUGGUCCAUUACUCCUCCUUUGAAAUGGGGACACCGUCUGCCAUGCCCUACUUGGGCAUGAACGUCAACAUGGCCCCGCUGAGCUCCCUGCACUGUCAGUCCUAUUACCAGUCGCUGUCCCACGCUCAGCAGGUCUGGUCCUCCCCCAUCCUGCAGGCCUCCAGCUCCCUGCCGAGCCUGAACAGUAAAACCACGAGCAUUGAGAACCUGCGGCUCCGGGCAAAGCAGCACGCGGCGUCCCUGGGGCUGGACACCCUCCCCAACUGA